AUUCUUAAUUCUUAUCUCUUGUCCGUCUGGAAAUCUCCAAUCUCUUUGAUUUUCUGGGUUCAAACCAACGGUAUAUAUCUUUAAAAUAACUUCUUUUUCCAAUUCUUUCCCCUCCUUGCAUCAACCAUGGUUCUUUUAGUUUACCUAGUGGUGUUCUUUGCCUUCACUGGUCAUUCAAGUGCUACCUACUGUUUGUGCAAAGAUGGAGUGAGUGAGCAAAUGCUUCAGAAAACUCUGGAUUAUGCUUGUGGAGCAGGAGCUGAUUGUACUCCGAUUAAUCAGAACGGUCCUUGUUUUAAUCCCAAUACGGUGAAAGAUCACUGUAAUUAUGCAGCCAAUAGUUAUUUCCAGAAGAAAGGUCAAGCUCAAGGGAGCUGUGAUUUUUCAGGCACUGCUGCUGUUAGUUCAAAUCCUCCUUCAAAUGCGCCAUCUUCUUGCAGUUUUUCUUCCAGUGGCUCAAGCUCAACACCGACCACCGGAACUCCAACAACGCCGACGACCGGUACUCCGACAACGCCGACGACCGGAAUUCCAACAACGCCGACGACCGGUACUCCGACAACACCGACAACCGGGACUCCAACAACACCGAGCACGGGUAUUCCUUCAACAACGCCGACCAUGGGGACUCCAACAACACCGACAACCGGCACAACCACCGGGAUCCCUUCAACAACUCCGACCACGGGGACAAACACAGGAACGACCACCGGGAAUCCGAUGUUCGGAGGUGGCACAACCUCUCUUGGUCCGUCGGGGACAACCACAGGCAUCACCGAUCCAAACCAUGCUGUAUCUCUCUUCACCACCAACAUUGUCUUCACUUUUGCCAUCAGCCUUUGGGUUCUUCAUGUUGUUAACUAAGUAAUUAAAUUUCACGGAUGCUAUGUAUGUAGGGUACCAUUUAGUAGAGCCAAAAAAGCAUGAGAGAUUAAAUUCAUACAUGGAUGUAGUAGUAAUGGUAGCAGUGGUGAUCAGUUUAGCUUUUUCUUUUUCAUGCCUUGUCCCCCUUGGCCAUGUGCAAAAAGCUUCGGAAUUUGAUUCCCUUUUCGGUGCUCACUAAUACAUACUACUUUUCAGA